UUUGUUUGAACGGGCUUUGCACCGACUGAAUCCCAUUUCGCUCGCUCAAUAAAUGGUGACAGUCGGGUAGUUGAGAAUUGAGAUGGGGAGGAGAGGCAGAGUCAUACCCCUUUUUACCCACCGCUUCCAGUCCGUUGUUCAUUCUUCUCAGAUCUCUCAUGUACAUGGGUUCUCUUCUCGAUCUCUUAUUGGCAGCUCUUCUCCUUGCUACAGCCAUCGGAGAAACGCGAGGUGAUGCCUUGGUCACGGGCACCGUCUUUUGCGAUCAAUGCAGAGACGGGGAGAGAAGUCUCUUUGAUUACCCACUCUCCGGGGUGAAGGUUACGGUGGUGUGUGGGGGAAGCAACGGGCCGGCGAUGAUGUGGAAGGAGGACACGACAAAUUGGUUCGGAAGCUAUGCCAUGAAAUUCGAGGGCAGCCCGGACUUGAGCGGUUGCUACGCCAAGGUGUCGAACAGCGGUCAGGAUGCGCCUACAGACUGUGGGGCAUCGGCGGGGCCUCCCCAGAGUCUAACGCUCAUGUUCAAGCUGUUUAACAUGGAGCUUUAUACCGUGGACCCAUUACUUUCUCAGCCUGCCCAACCCAUGUUCUUUUGCCCAACAUCCGCCAAGCCUGUACCUCCACCUCCACCGCUGGUGGUAAACCCACCACCACCCAGUCCUCCAUCGGUCAGGUUCCCUCCAAUGCCGCCAGUCCCCUCCUUGGAAGCUUCCGCUUGUCCCUCCCGGAGUUGGGUGAUGCCUCAAUACCGGUGUUACUGGAAGGUGGUGGGACCAGACACAAGAGUGGCCGUUGCUUUCGGACUGAUCGCAGCAAGGAAGUAUGGGACGGAGAUGACCCUGUGGGAUGGGCUUCAAGGGAGGGGGCAGCUGUACAGAACCCUUCUGAGAGAAGCGACCACCGCACUUCUCAAUUCCUAUAACAGCAUUAGGUUUACGUACGAUACACUUAGCGUGAUCUUGCACAUGAACUGGGCCUUGAUGGGCUCUCCUCAACAGGCCCUUCAAACAGCAUUAAGGUUUAAGAGGGCUAACUCUGGCUUUGGCAGGGUUCCCUGCGAUUUCACCCCAUGCAAGUACUAAGUAGUAGUGAAUCAUCAUCAUCAUCUGGUGCAUUUCCUUUUUUUUUUUUUUACAUUACAACUAUUCUUCACUGUCAUUCAGUUGUUCUUGUGAUGGUUAUAGAUCGUGGAUUAUGAGAUGUAAUUUAGGAAGAAAUGUAAGAAGGAUUGUGGUAUCUAAAUUCUUCA